GGUAUUCCCAUAGUGUGUGUACCAGGUUAGGGCUAAGGCAUAAUUUUAUUCCGUUUUUCCUUAUUUCAGUUCUAUUACGAGUUCAGAGACUGUCUGUGUUAGCCAAGUGAAUAUACCCCCUGCUCAUUAGUUUCAGUCUUUUCACACAACUAAUGUAAAGUAGGUGAACAAAAUUAGUUAUUACUUAUCGAUUUUAAUCGGUAAGUAUGUUGAUAGGUAUUUGGCUGUCUGUCUGUUAGAUGCACGCAAUAUGUCACUAUGGAGUAAGACCACUGUUUUGGGGGAUCCCCUAACCUCCGAUCGUUAAGUCUUCGGUUUCCAACCGAAUUCUAGUAUUGUGUUUUGUUCCAUUUUUUGAUUUCCUUAUUAUAAGAGACGUCAUUUGUAUAUAUAUAGAUGAUCAUCUACAGCCUUUUCGUGGUUUUUCAAGUUGUGCUUGUGUAUGGUAAAUUGCAUGAUCAUUGUUGUUUGUUGUCCCCUGUGUAUUGACUUUUGAUUCAUACAAACUAAAAAAUUGGCAGUCCCGUGUGUAAUAGUGAUUACUGGUACCUAUAUCCCCACAUAUAAGUCAACCUCUAGAAACGGUGAAUUUAUGAAAAUUCGCACAUAUGCCGUCGCUACAAAUCACAACAUGUCGUACUCACCUAUCACAGCAAAUUUGAGUUGUAGCUGUUGGACUUAGUUAACGUGAUGUCAUGCUCAUACUAAUUUUAUUUUCUAGUAAAUUUUAAUAUUUAUUUUAUAUUUGGUAGUAAUUGGAUAUGUGGGAGGGUAUCAAUGCGUAAAAACUUGGCAGCAUCUAUUUUGCUAAGUAAAGCCACACCGCCAUUUCAAAAACUUGCUGAUGAAAAACAAGAGCUGCAUUUUCACUUUGCAGUAAUUUCUGUCUGAAUAACUGUUAUGUAAAAAGGAUUGUUUUUCAUUAGUCAUUAAGUUUGCAGGCAUAAAGUAUCACAUAUUCUUUAGUAUUUGAGCAUGUCUUUGUGUACUAGAGAUCCAUACAAAUGAAAUUUCUAGAAUUUCUGAUAUACCGGUAUUUGUGAUUUACAGAGAGCAAACUCAUUUAACAUGUAUUGAAAUGCCUUUUCCAAAUAAUAUUAUUUUUUUUACGUAUAUUCAUAUCCUUUGUAUAUAUCCCUUGUCUACUGUCACAUUCUUUCUAUUUUGCUAUUUCCGUACGUUGAGUUACAUAAUUAAAAUGUUAUUUCUUUAUUUAGAGAUACUAGAUAAAGUAUGUAUGGUUUGAACCUUAUUGUAAUGGUUCCAGUUACAACUAGUUAAAACCGGUUUAGUAGAAAAGAACUGGUUAAAACCGGUUUAGAAGAUAACCAUGGAAAGUUUGGAGCUACAGUUGAACCAAUCACCGAUUUCAUUCUACGGAGUUGAUAAUGGUAGAAAUGUUCAGCGAUUUUACGUUUUCUGUGCUUAUUGUGAGAAGCAGGAAGGCCCCAAAGAACGUUUUAAAACUUGUUUAAGAUGCAAACAGAUUCAUGUUAAUAAAUAUGCGCCAAUAUAUCACUAUUACUGCAGCCGGGAAUGUCAAAGAUCCCAUUGGGUUGAACGUCACCGUGCUGAGCAUGUCAUGUAUGAGGAAAUUGAAGGUUUAAGGCAGCAAAAGGCAGCGGAAUUGAGAUCUGCGAUAAAAAAUAAUGAGGCUGGAAAUUCCCGCGAUGCUGCAGUGAAAACUGAGAAGACAAAUGACAAAAAUGGGACAGUGCAAGGACACAAAACAGGGGAUCAACAAGUAAAAGAGACUAAAACGGGGGAUCAACAAAUAAAAGAGUCUAAAACGGGGGAUCAACAAGUAAGUCUCUCCCAAAAUGUGUCAAAAGGAGCUGAACAAGCUGUUCAGAAAAGUGAGGAAACUGAAAAACCCAAAGUGGAAAUCGUUUAUGAUUACGAUCCUACUUUGUCAAAAACUUUCCGAGGCGCAACGAGCAAGGAAGGAAAGACGUUCAAAGAAACCGCUGUCGGGGAUGACACAGGUUCUCUAAAUUCUGGCGUUAAUACUUCAACUUGUACUAAUGAUGAUGGAUCUGGCAGCACUGUUCCCGACGUCAAAACAACUCCCGGAGGUCAAAGUUCAAAACCGAAAAUGAAAAAGGAGUUUACUGUUUAUCCGAAAAAUAAUUGGGUGACUUUAACAUCAGCUGGUAAGGAUGGUGUGCCACCUAGUAAAAUAAAACCAAGCUCUGUAAAGAAUCCCAAGCGUAAAGACGCCGCGACUUCACCCACAAGAAAAAUUGAUGUUAGUACGAUGACCGAUGAGUGGGACGAGGAUGCUGAAAAGAAAGAUGAGCCAGAAACUACACAACGAAAAGACGUGAAAAUGAAAAGAAGCCAGCGUCGUGCAUUGGCUCGUUCAAGAAGUAGCAGGAAGGAUUCAAAACUAUUGAAAAAGCGUCCGAAUACUGCUGCGAUUGCGGCAGCAGAGAGCGCAGCUUCACAAAAACCGAAUCCGUAUUUACAGAAAGAUGGCGGUAGAGAUCAGACCGUCGCUAAGACUUCUUCGAAACCUUCAAAAGUUAUUACUUUUUAUGCUAGCCAACUAAGAAUGGAACUUUCGGCUAAAAAAGAUGGGACUAGAACUAUGAAAGUUACUAAGGAUUCUUCUCCUCGUGCAAGAAUACCAUUCACUCAAGAAAGGAUGGAUAAAUUUUUAGAAGAAGCGGAUAAGGUGUUGCCACCCGCACCUCCAGAACCAGAAGAUGGGCCUCGCGAGCUUACAAUUAUUUCAAACGAUAAAGAUUUGCCAAAAAAAUGGGCCGAAGCAAAAGCAAAUAAUGGAGACCCGCCGCAAAGAAAUAUAGGUGCGCUUCAAGAUGUCGAGAGUGAGAUAAAAGUCAUUAAAAUUCGUACUCCAAGUCAAGAAAGGGAACAAAAAGAAAAAGAAAAGUAUAUGAAACGCAUGAAACCUUCAAGCAGAAAUAGAAUUCGAGAACUCAAGGCUGCACAAGCUCGAAAUGAAGCUAGUGGGGUGAGCAAAACUGCUGAUGACGAGGAGCUUGGUUCACGUUUUAUGAGCGUCAAUUCGAAUGACGAUAUUUCAAGAGUCGUACAAAUGUGUAUGGAACCGAAUUCUGAUAUUAUCGUAAAAAGAGGUCCGAUACCAAGACCCAAGAAAAAAGUUCUUAAUGCGGAAAACAGACCCAAAAUCAUUGAAUUGGAUUCGGAUGAUGAACCGAUUGAUACAAGUCAAACACUUGGUGGUGGAAGGAGCGGAGUAUUGUCAGCGUCAGACAUCGUUUCAAAAUUUGUGCACAUAAAUCCGGCACCGGCAAAAAUUCAGAACCCACUACAAACCAGAGCAAGGCCAACUUCAAACACCAGUAAUAUUCAAUCUGUUACUCAAAGCAAAGCUACUACAAGUGCUGUGACAGCAAAUUCAAAACAAGCAUCUGCAAAUAUUGCUUCAUCUAAUCAAAAUGCAACAACGGCUUCAAAAAACGAGGCACUGCCGUCUGUCCAGAAUCAAACUAGACCUUUGGACAACACCGAUAGCAAAAAAUCUGCUCAGACGGCAGUAAAGCAAACACCCACUGAAACAAAAGUUCCAUCAGCAAACAAUGUUAACCCUGGCACUCAACUUCAAGGAAAAGCUACUACAAGUACUGUGACAACAGCUACAACUACAAAACAAAGUACAUCUGUGGAAAAUACUCCAUCUAGCCAAAGCGCAACAACAGUUUCAAAAAACCAAGCAGCACCAUUGGCCCUAAGUCAAGCUAAGCCCUUGGACAACACCGAUAGCAAAAAAUCUGCUCCGACUGUCGUGAAGGAGACUGCAACAAAAGUUUCAUCAGCAAAUAAUGUUAACCCUGCUUCAAGCCAAUCUGGAAACGCACCCCCAAAAAGUACGGGGGUAGACUCAAAGCAGGCGUCUGGAAGUGCAUCGUCUAAAUCAGCGACUGUAGUUGCGACAACAAACAGUCGCAGUCCUGGUCCGGUUGCUGUACAACAGAAGAUUGCAUCUCGACCUUCAAGCAAACCUAAAAACGUACGAGCGAAUACUUCUAAAAAAGUAUCAAAACAGCCAUCGCAAACUCAGGAAGAAUUGGCAGCCGAAAUAUUAAAAGACACAAAAGGUCUUCAGCCUGAAUUGGCUUUCGCUGUAGAACAUCUUGUUUCUGCAAUACAAAGUGGUGAAUUUACUCCAGUUGACAUGCUACGUGCCUCUAUUAAAGCCGCUAAUAUGCCCCCACUUGAUCCCUCAUCUUUCAAAGAGGCUGUCUUACCUGAUAUUGAGGCCAUAAAAAAGAAAGAAAAAGCUGCAAAAGCCAAAAAUACUGCAACCACAAUUUCGAAAGAUAGUGAUCCCGUGGCACAAAAUUCUAGCAGUCAAGAAUCUGCUAAUCGAGCAACAGGCAAAGUUGCUACUACAGCUGCUCCUAAAUCAACUGUAACAACUAAUCCAACUAGCCAAUCAGUGCCAUCUGUGCAAAUGGAUGCAAAACAGUCAAGUGAAAAUGUUAAAAAUGCAACUGAAGCGAAAGGUGUCAAGAUUGCAGCACCACAAGCAAGCUUAACAACAAGAAUCCCAGACCAGAUUGCAACUUCAAAAAACGCUAUCCACAGCCAAGUCGCAGAAACACAGCAUGUUGCACCUCAAAGUGCCACUGUUAUUACCACAAGUAAAAUCAUGGAUGUUAAGGAUACAGCCCCCCAGACCAUUAUAUCCACAACAUCAGCAAGGCCUGAAAAUGUUCCGUCAAAAAUCGUGGUAGUCCCGAAACAGAUGACUGUUGCAGCAACAAACGCAGGCCCAACUAUGAAGACUUCAGAGCAAGCUAUACCUGCAAGCCCGGUAGCACAACAAGUUGCAUUUACACCUGUGAGCGAAGCUGCAACAAUUGCCCAAACACAGAUGCCUGGAAGCGUGUUGCCACUAACAGCGACAGCAGUCUCAAAACAGCCAACUGUUACAGUGACAACAACGAAAAGUAGCAAUCCAGGUAUCGUCACAGUACCACAACAAGUUGUACCUACACCUGCAGACGUUCUGCCAAAAAAUCAGGCGCCUGGAAACGUACAGCCAAAAACUGCGAAAGAAGUAUUGCAACAGGCACCUAUCACAGCUGGAAAAGCAAUUCCAACCCCAAAGAUUACAGCUCAAGUGUCGUAUGCAAGCAAUGUUCAGUGUGGACCAGCUCUACCCCAACAACAGGUUAUUUCUACACCUCAAGUUGGAGUUACAAGCGUCAAUAAGACUACAGUAGCCGCUCCUUCUGCAGCUGCUGUUAAAAAUUCUGCAACCAACAUUUCAGAGCAGACUGUACCUGAAAAAAGUACUGCACCUGGCCCAGUUGUAAUACCACAGCAAGUUAUGUCUACACCUUCCAGCCAACCUACAAACGCUCCGUCAAAAGCACCAGAGAGCGCACCAUCGACAACAGUGCCAAUGGUCCAAAAACAGUCAGCUCCAGAGGAAAUUCCAGCCACAAAGAUUACAGCUGAAGUUUCAUCUGCGAGCAAUGUCAGCCCUGGUACGACUGUAGUCCCUCAGAAGGUGGUAUCUUCAUCCCAAAGUAGUGCUAAUCCAUCUGGUGGAGAUUCGAACAUCAAAAAUACUGCAUUAACCACCCCAACACAGAAUCCCAAUGCUACUAUGGGAAAUGUGGCAACACAGAAUUUGGAGCAGUCUGUAUCUGCAAGCAAUGUAUACUCUGGGACAGCUGUAUUACCACAGCAGUCUGCAUCCCCACUUCUAAGUGGUGCUUUUCUGUCUAGUGGAAAUUCAUAUGUCAAAAGUACUAGAAUGAAUCUCCCAAAUCCUGAUGCAGUUUACAUGGCAAUUACAGCAGCAAAGAAUUUGGACCAGUCCGUUGCUCUAAACAAUUCCACGCAUGAUUUAGGUGCAGUCCCUCCGCCAAUUGUAACUCCCCCUCAAAUUGUUUCCAUUUCUUCUGAGGGAGCCGUAAACAUUGAGGAAACAGUCCCACAGAAUCCUAGUAAAACAAUUCCAGCAAAGAUAACAUCACAGCAGGGUGUACUAGCAAGCAAUCUUAACCCGGGUUCAGUAUCAGCGACUCAGAAAGUUACACAUCAAACUGUAAUUUCUCCCAUUGGAAACGUGAACACCAAUAAAACAGUUCCAAAACCGGCACCUAGUACAAAAACCCCAGGACAAGCAUUAUCUACAAGCAAUGUCCAAGCUGCUCCAGUUACAGCGACUCAGAAGGUUACAUCUUCACCCCAAGGUGCUACUAUUUCUCCAAACGGAAGCAAACCAGGCAUUGUAAGUCCUACUACAACAAAAUUGAGUGGAAAUACCAAUGUAACAGGCUCACCUACAACAGAAAAAGUAACUACCAGUACAACAUCCAAGACUUCUUCGAAUAUUGAUCCUAUGGGUUCCACUGUCACGGCCACAUCAUCCACUCGAGUCACUGUUGCAGCUGAUGUAGACACUGUCAAAUCUUCUAUACCAGUAAAAAAACCUGCAGUCCAAGUUGAUAUUCCUUGUGCGGAAACUUCAAAACCAAUCACUACGUCUACAGCAAGAACUAACAAUUCAAAUAUUACAGGAAAAGUACCUGUUACUGCAUCUACAGCAAAUGUUAAACAGAAUAUUGCUGAAAAAGCACCGGCCCACUCACAAACAGCAAAUGUCAAUUCUUCAAAUAAUACAGAAAAGGCAAAGGUGAAAAUACACACAACAGAUGUAAGCUCAUCGAUUGUUACAAGAAAUAGACCAUCUGGCCCUGUCACACGACUUAUUGAUAGAUCAAUGGUUGUGUAUAACGGAAAAAUGAAGCGAAAAGCUAACGAAACUGGACAUUUAGAGGACACUUUUGAGUUAGAAUGCGCCUCAAGAAAGGAACUUAGUCGAGCUGAAGUUAGAAGACUAUAUUUGACUGAAUGCUUGAGGAGAUAUCUUAUAUUUCGAAAAAAAGCCGUUCUGAUUGACUCUGAAGGAAACCCAUAUUUGAACCGGAACGGGCGAUUUCUAACUUGGGAAGAAAUGGCGGACAAGAUGCCUGAACCUGUUGACGAAUCCGUACCAAACGAAGUAAUUCAACGAAAACACUUCCCUGGAAUGAGUGAUAAAGACGUUCAAGAGGCAAAAGAGAAAAACGUAACAGUGGGUGACAUUGUACAAUAUAUCGAAAAAACUAGGGAUGCCACAAAAAGGUUUCAUUCAUACGCUACGUACAUGGAUUACGUAGAAGAAUGGUCUUGUUUGGAAUUGCAGCGACCAGCCUCCAUAAAAGGUCGAGCGGUCAAAGUAUUCACCAUAAGUCAAGAAGUAAACAAGAUAAGGAAAAGGAUUCAGGUUUCGAUUCAAAAAAUGGACAGCACCUUAGGGGAACAAAUUGGGGAAUUAGUAAAUUUCAGAGUGACACGAGUGGUACCGUAUGAGUCUGAUAGAAAACUACUUGCUAUUGAAGCAGUAGCACAUAACGAUCCAGUUAUGCCGAUAACACAGUUUGAAAAAGACUUUUAUAACCGUGCAAAAAGUGGUGCAUCUGAGUCUUCUUCUGUAAACUCACAAUCUCAAUAUAUGACAUCACAAUUACCUGCAAUAAGUGGAACUGCUCGAUCCAUUGAAUCUCUAAAUCUAUCAAUAGCAGACCAAUCACAAAGUCAAGUCCAUGGUGAAUUUAAAGGUCAAGCUAGACCAGAAGUAAGUCAAAAAAAUCCAGGAAUAGAGAUUUCAAAAACCACCAAUCAAGAUGUAGCAAUAUCUCCAGAAACUUUGAUAUCGAAAAUUCCGACAGAACAAACCAGUUUUCCGGAACAUUCAGAAAAUUCUGCAAUUCCUGUUAUUGAUCAACCUGGCUCGCACACGAUACCAUCUAGUGGAAAAUUUCGAGUUUUGAAUUCGUCGAAAGAAUUCGGAGAUAUUUGUUCAGAUGAGAGUUUGCAACUCAUUUCAAACCAACCAUCCCUUGACAUGAGCAAAAUUCUUCCUAAGAAAGAAGAUGACUCUCGACCACUGGAUUUUGAUACGAUAAGAACAACUCCGAGUGCACCAACAGCGUCGUCAAUUAAUAACGAAAAUGGCAGAAAUCAACAAACUCCACCUAAUGCUAUCGUCGGAACAAUUCCAAAAAUUGGACCCAUUCAAAUUACCCCAAAAACUGACCCAAGCGACAUAGAAAAAUCUGAAAACCGAAUUACACCAAGAACCGACUCAAACGUCACCGAAAAAACUGAAAUUCAAAUUACUCCAAAAAUCGACCCAAACGUCACCAAAAAAACUGAAAUUCAAAUUACUCCAAAAAUCGACCCAAACAGCACCGAAAAUAAUGAAAAUCAACAAGGAAGACCCCAAGCUAGUGGAAUUCCUCAUACUGGGAAUAGUAAAGCUGCUAAAUCUAAUAAAAAGAACGUCCGCUCAAAGACUAGCGAAAAAAAAACAGAUCCCUCAAAUGCUGGGGCGGUAGUGCCGUACAAUUCGAAGGGGUUGAAUCCGAGACCGGCUGAAACCUCUAAGAAGUCAGCGGCAUUGGUCAAGUAUUCUAAAAAUACCACGAGCAAUCAGUCUGUUAAAGAAAAAAGGAAACUCAAACGGAGACAAAAAGCUGUUAAUAAAUUUCAAAGAGCGUUUGAUAACGCUGCUCCUCAAAUCAAAAAAGUGAUUAUGGGGGAAGACAGUGGGGACGAAUAUCCUGAUGAAAAACUCCCUCAUGCUAUCAAAUUGAUAAGACAAAAAUUUAGGGAAGAAAGGGAAAAUAAUUUGCGAAAGCAAUCCGUUUUUACUUCACAAACAAAAACCUUCGUUAUGGGUAUUCCUACCCGUGAUGGCAAAUAUGUGUCACCGGCAGAUCAACUAUGGCUUAGCGGCCACAAAGUUCCGACACGAAAGAGCAAACGAAUUAAAAAAAGGAAUAAUGAGGCUCCCAAACCUCUUAUCCUGGCCCCUGGAAGAUUUGGAUUCCUAAUUGAAAUUAGGGAUGGUUUUUACAUCUACACGACAAUCUAUGCGAUGAGACUACAGAGAUUUGUAAAAGAGGAUCCGAGUUCGUGUUUGAGAAAUUUGAAAAAAAACAAGUUCCCUGCAAUAGAAGCAGCACCUGAUAUCGAAUAAUGUGAAAUCAACCGUGAUACAGAAUUUACAGUUCAAAGUUCAAUUACUGCAGUUUUUCAUCAUUCGGAACUUCCUGUUCAUAUCUAGCUACCAAACCUUGUACAGCUCUCUUUUGACCCUCACUGACUUGCCUCAUUUAUUGUCACUGAAAUGAAUUAAACACUAAAAUUGUUCAUUGCUAUAAUUGUUCCAUGUACAUAGUUCUUUUUAAAAUAUUUUUUUGUCAUUUUAUCCAAUUUUAAAUCUAAUGUGAUUCUCUGUGUGAUAAUCAAUGUUUUUUUUGCUAAUGAAGUUUCUGAAUAUUGUUAAUUACUACAUUUUGCUACGAUUUUUUAUUUUCCGCAUAAAGUAACUCAAGACUGCUUAAAUUCUUGUGUUAACCGGCGUUUACUGAUACAUAGGACACCACCAUAAUUCUAUGUAGUUUCAGUGGAUCUUGGUAUUUCAUCAGCCGCCGGCAACGAUGUCGACUGGCGUGCCUGUCUAAGCUUUAAGAAAAAUGUUAAAAACUUUUGGAAAAUCUAUAUGUCUGCCUGUAACUUGCUCUGAUCAGUCUAUGACAUAUGAGAUGUAGGUAUUUGGUUGAGCGAACUCGUGCCUGUUCUUUUGAUAACACCUUCGAAUCUGAAAUCUGUAUGUUUUAAACCUUUCGAAAGGUUUUGUUCGCUUUACUGAUUCUGUAAUCUAUUUUAUUUCUAGUUUUUAUUUUAUCGUCUUUUAUGUUAUGUAAAAUCGACGACGUAUAUUAUUUCUGCUUUUCUCUCAUUUACAUUUGAUGAAUUCAAACUGAAUCAAUAUGUAAAUCAGGAGAUAUGAAUAUGAAAUUUCCUUGUUGGCUUUAUUUGACCCAAACUUGUUUAAAAAAAACCUUUUAACGCAUUGUCGAUUAUUUACUUUACUGCUUUUGUGUUCACUUUUUCCUAAUCACAGUAUAUCAUCACAUAUAAGCCGACCCCUUAAAACAAUGAAUGU